GGACCGGCGCUACCUCGCGGAGCGCUGCCUGGCUGUCUCGCGCUCCGCCUAGUUCCCGGCGCCGGGACCCCGCAGACCGUCCUUCCGCAGUCUCAAGUCUCCGGUAGUGGUAGCCAGAGCCGGUGCCAGCCGUUUCAUCGCUGUGACCUCCCACCCCGGGAGCUCUGGGAGCCCGGGUGACCGCGUAGAAAUGAACAGUGAAGCAGAACAACAGCUUCUCCAUCAUGCCAGAAAUGGCAACGUUGAAGAAGUCAGACAGUUAUUAGAAACCAUGGAGAGAAAUGAAGUAAUUGCUGACAUUAAUUGCAAAGGAAGAAGUAAGUCUAAUUUAGGUUGGACUCCUCUUCAUCUGGCAUGCUAUUUUGGACAUAGACAGGUGGUCCAGGAUCUGUUAAAGGCUGGUGCAGAAGUGAAUGUAUUGAACGACAUGGGAGACACUCCACUUCAUCGAGCUGCCUUUACAGGACGAAAGGAGUUGGUAAUGCUGCUUUUAGAAUAUAAUGCAGAUGCUACUGUUGUUAAUGGGAGUGGACAGACAGCAAAAGAAGUCACUUAUGACAAAGAAAUCAGAAACAUGCUUGAAGCUGUAGAAAGGACUCAACAAAGAAAGCUUGAAGAAGAACUUCUGGCAGCAGCGAGAGAAGGCAGAACUGCAGAACUCAUAGCUCUGCUCAACAGGCCCAAUCCUCCUGAUGUUAAUUGUUCGGAUCAGUUAGGAAAUACACCCUUGCAUUGUGCAGCUUACCGGGCUCAUAAGCAGUGUGCCUUAAAGCUUCUGAAAAGUGGAGCAGACCCAAAUCUGAAGAACAAAAAUGAUCAGAAACCCCUUGACCUUGCUCAGGGUGCUGAAAUGAAACACAUUCUUAUCGGUAAUAAGGUUGUCUACAAAGUGUUGAAACGAUAUGAAGGGCCUCUCUGGAAGAGUUCAAGAUUUUUUGGCUGGAGAUUAUUCUGGGUAGUGUUAGAACAUGGAGUCCUUUCGUGGUAUAGGAAACAGCCUGAUGCAGUCCGUAAUAUUUAUCGCCAGGGAUGCAAGCAUCUAACUCAAGCAGUAUGCACGGUAAAAUCUACCGAUAGCUGCCUCUUCUUUAUUAAAUGCUUUGAUGACACUAUUCAUGGCUUCAGGGUUCCUAAGAAUAGUCUUCAACAGUCAAGAGAGGACUGGCUGGAAGCAAUAGAAGAUCAUUCUGCUUAUAGCACUCACUACUGUUCCCAGGACCAGCUGAGUGAUGACGAAGAGGAAGAUGCAAUUUCAGCUGUAGACUUGAAGGAAUCCUUAGAGAAAGCACAGACAUGCCAACAGAAACUAGAUAGGGAAAUUUCUACCUUUCUGAAAAUGAUUAAGGAGUGUGACAUGGCUAAAGACAUGCUUCCAUCAUUUCUUCAGAAAGCUGAAGUUGUCUCUGAAGCUUCUAGAGAAACUUGUGUAGCUUUGAGUGAUUGCCUUAAUCUCUUCACUAAACAAGAAGGGGUGAGGAAUUUUAAAUUGGAACAGGAGCAAGAAAAAAACAAAAUUUUGUCAGAAGCACUGGAGACCCUGGCCACCGAGCAUCAUGAAUUAGAGCGGUCUCUGGUUGAAGGCUCCCCACCUCGCAGCAUCCUCAGUGAGGACGAGUUCUAUGAUGCGCUGUCAGAGUCCGAGUCCGAGCGGUCCCUGAGUCAACUGGAAGCCAUAACGGCGUGCUCCUUGGAAGAGGAAGGAGAGCCCCUGAGCAGCAGAAAACACAGAAUGUCAGAAGGAAAAGACUGUGGUGGUGGAGAUGCUCUCUCCAAUGGCAUCAAAAAACACAGACAGCAAGAACCUCUCGUGCAAGAUAACCUAGUAGAUGGUAGACAUCUUAUGGAGGGAGGGGACCGAGCAGCAGCAGAUGUGAAAGAGACCUUUGACCCUCCAAAGCCCUCAGAUGAACUGUCCAAGAUCACCAUGCCGGUUAUAUUUAAUGAGCCUCUGAGCUUCCUGCAGCGACUCACUGAAUAUAUGGAGCACACAUACCUCAUCCACAAGGCCAGUUCAUUCUCCGAUUCUGUGGAAAGGAUGCAGUGUGUAGCUGCAUUUGCCGUGUCUGCUGUUGCGUCUCAGUGGGAACGCACUGGAAAGCCUUUCAACCCACUUCUGGGAGAGACCUAUGAAUUAGUUCGAGAUGACCUUGGUUUCAGACUCAUCUCCGAGCAGGUCAGCCAUCACCCACCCAUUAGUGCAUUUCACGCUGAAGGAUUAAACAAUGAUUUCAUCUUUCAUGGCUCAAUCUACCCCAAACUGAAGUUCUGGGGCAAGAGUGUGGAAGCAGAACCCAAAGGAACCAUCACUUUGGAGCUCCUUGAACACGGGGAAGCAUACACAUGGACAAAUCCUACAUGCUGUGUGCAUAACAUCAUUGUGGGUAAACUCUGGAUUGAGCAGUAUGGCAAUGUGGAAAUCACAAACCACAAGACUGGAGACAAGUGUGUGUUGAAUUUUAAGCCAUGCGGCCUUUUUGGUAAGGAGUUACACAAAGUCGAAGGCUACAUUCAAGAUAAAAGCAAGAAGAAGCUCUGUGCCCUCUAUGGGAAGUGGACCGAAUGUUUAUACAGUGUUGACCCGGCCACUUUUGAUGCCUACAAAAAAAAUGAUAAGAAAAAUACUGAAGAGAAGAAAAACAGCAAACAGGUGAGCACUUCUGAGGAGUCGGACGAGAUGCCGAUGCCAGAUUCUGAAAGCGUGUUUGUGAUCCCUGGCAGUGUUCUCCUGUGGCGAAUAGCCCCUCGGCCUCCCAAUUCUGCCCAGAUGUAUAAUUUUACUAGCUUUGCAAUGGUCUUGAAUGAAGUAGACAGGGACAUGGAGGGCGUGAUUCCAAAGACAGACUGCAGGUUGCGGCCUGACAUCAGAGCCAUGGAGAACGGAGAGAUAGAUCAAGCUAGUGAAGAAAAAAAACGACUGGAGGAAAAGCAAAGAGCAGCCCGCAAGAACAGGUCCAAGUCGGAGGAGGACUGGAAAACGAGGUGGUUCCAUCAAGGUCCUAACCCCUACAAUGGAGCACAGGACUGGCUUUACUCGGGCAGCUACUGGGACAGAAACUACUUCAAUUUGCCUGACAUUUAUUAAAGUGCAGACAAGUCAGGGUGUUUGGCUAAUCUACAAAUAAGUCUUAAACCUAUGUUUUUAAAUUUUUUCCUUGGUUUCUACUCAUCUUUUAAGAAAACAAAAAACGCGCUCAUGAGAUAACUUGCAUUUCACCCAACAAAUAUAGGGCAUAAGGUAAUAUUGGUGAUGAAAGUCAGGAAAAAUGGGUAAUUUUGCUAUCCAAAUAGACUGAUUUGAAAUACUGUUUUAUAGAGGUAAGAGAAAUAGUGUGGAGAAUAUGCUUUUUAUGGUUGUUGUUGCCAUAUUUAUGGAAGGUUUAUACCCAACUGUAACUUCAGCUUUAUGGAAUUAUAUAGUAAUCCCAAAUCAAGUUAUUUUGAAUAUUUUUAUGCCGUCAUGCUUGAAUGUUUUAGAUGUAACUUUGAAAUGUUUAGAACUCUUCUAUACAAUGUUUAUGUGCUCAAAUGCAGAGAAGGUUAUGUCAUUUUGUAAAGAUGUUUAAAAGAUGGCUUUUCUUCAUACUAAUCCUCUCCAGUUUCCCCCUUCCCACAUCGGAAAAGAAAAAGUACCUGAAUAUUCAGAACAGGUGUUCCUGAUUUGAACUGGAAAAGGUAUUUCACUUAUUUCUCUAAAUUUACUUUUAUAAUUUUCUGUAAUCUGGGUCCUUAGAAUUAAAAGGUGUUUGAAUUGAAAAUUUGUAUAAAAUCUAGCAAUACACAAAAAAGCCCUAGAAAUAGAUUCUAAUCACCCUCAUUACAUAAUGACAAACCUUUUUAAAUGCUUCGACUUUGUGGCAAAUGCCACCAGAGACAUUACGUUGCACUCAUGUAUUAUAAGUACCAAACUAUAUAAAAGGAGGUCUUGUGCAUUUCAAGUUUGCAAGGCACCCAUGUACUUAAAAUAUGUAUGGAGACCUACUGUACAGUAGUUUUGCCCCUUUAAUUGGGGUACAUUAAUCUUAUGGUAUUUAUCCACCCAACCCCAGGCUGAGAUCUUGCUCCAAGGGGCUUUAAGUAGCUGCCAGUAAAUUAUUUUAAUUGCUGUCUUGAAGUUAACAAGUGUUAUAAUGAAAUAAUCUACCUGAUGCUAAAUAAAGGCUUUAGAAUGUUCCCAGAAA